CUGGAGCUUCACUGCGGCUGAGACUUUCCUCGAUGGCGCGGCGCUGGUGGCGGUUCUCUGCUGCUGCUGCUGCGGCUCCGGCGUCGGGAAACCUCCGGUGAACAAACAACCACCACCCGCCGGGAUCCGAUCGAGCCUCCGACCCUGAGAUAAAGUGGGACUCGAACGGAUGUAAAAAACGGAGCAAAUCUCCUGCUGGGAACAAAGUGUGAGAAAGUAGAGGAGCGUCGCUUUGCCAUGUCGCUGCUGUGCGUCCGAGUGAAGAAAGCGAAGCUCCAAGGACCUCCAGACAAGUUCAACGCCUACGUGACGCUGAAGGUGCAGAAUGUCAAGAGCACCACCAUCACUGUGCGGGGGGACCAGCCCUGCUGGGAACAGGAUUUCAUGUUUGAGAUCAACCGGCUGGAUCUGGGCCUCAUCGUGGAGGUGUGGAACAAAGGCCUCAUCUGGGACACCAUGGUGGGGACCUCCUGGAUUCCUCUGAAGAGCGUCCGGCAUUCAGAGGAGGAGGGCUCAGGAGAGUGGAUUUUCAUGGACGCAGAGGUUCUGAUGAAGGCGGACGAGAUAUACGGCACCAAGAACCCGACUCCUCAUCGAGUCCUGCUGGACACUCGCUUCGAGCUGCCCUUUGACAUCCCAGAUGACGAGGCUCAGUACUGGACGGGCAAGCUGGACCACAUCAACACCCUCCGAAUCCACGACCAGUACCCUCCUCAGGAUGACGUCCAGAGUCGCCCACUGCCGUUCGCCGCCUCCCAGUGCUCUCUAGAAGACCAGGAUAGCGCCGUAGAUGACCGCGACAGCGACUACCGCAGUGAGACGAGCAACAGUCUGCCUCCGCGCUACCACACAACGGCUCAGCCCAACUCCUCCAUGCACCAGUACCCCAUGGGGCCUCGGCUGCCGCACCACCUGGACUCCUGCACAGACUCUGUGCACAGUUUUGACCUGGACUACCGGGAACAGAGAGGAAACAGUCCAGUGGAAAGUAGUCGUUUUGGGUCAUCAGGAAACCUGAGCCAGACCAGCUCCCAGCUCAGUGGCCAGGAGAGCACAGGAGGGUCCGAACUGGAGGAGUCCUUCCAUUCCUUCCACAGCACCGGCUUCCACCCCUCCUCCAAUGGACAGCCACGCACUAACGGACACGCUCCCACCAAUGGACACUCUCCGGCUGGCGAGCAGGAGAUUCACCGGCUGACUCCGGAAUCAGGAAGAAGCCUGAAAAAUGGCACCCCAGUGGAGAGAGUAUCGUCUAAACUCCAGAGGUUCCAUGAUGACGUAGCACCGCUACCGUUUUCCCCGUCUAGAGUUCAUUGGUUGAAGGCCAUCAAUAAAGUCAGGGUUCAGCUCCGGGAGGUUCGAGAUGAAGAAUCCAAUCCGAGACAGGCCUGGGUCAAACCGGGUGGUGGUCCUGGUCUGUAUGGAAUCGACAGCAUGCCAGACCUGCGUAAAAAGAAGCCCAUCCCCUUGGUCAGCGAUGUGUCGCUCGUCCAAGCCAGGAAGGCGGGAAUCACAUCCUCUAUGGCUGCACGCUCCUCGAUCAAGGACGAGGAGCUGAAAACCCAUGUGUACAAGAAGACACUGCAGGCGCUCAUCUACCCCAUAUCUUGCACGACCCCACAUAAAUUUGAAGUGUGGACUGCCACCACCCCGACGUACUGCUAUGAGUGUGAGGGGUUGUUGUGGGGGAUCGCACGCCAAGGCAUGCGUUGCUCCGAGUGCGGUGUCAAAUGCCACGAGAAGUGCCAAGAGCUGCUGAAUGCCGACUGUCUGCAGCGUGCCGCGGAGAAGAGCUCUAAGCACGGAGCUGAGGACAAGACUCAGAAUAUCAUCAUGGCCAUGAAGGACAGGAUGAAGAUCCGGGAGAGGAACAAGCCGGAGAUCUUCGAACUCAUCAGGGAAGUGUUUGUUAUCAGUAAAGCCAUCCACGCACAGCAGAUGAAGACCAUCAAGCAGAGCGUUCUGGACGGGACCUCCAAGUGGUCGGCCAAGAUCACCAUCACAGUUGUUUGUGCACAAGGGCUUCAGGCGAAGGACAAGACGGGAUCCAGCGAUCCGUACGUCACAGUUCAGGUGGGAAAGACCAAGAAAAGAACCAAGACCAUUUAUGGAAACCUCAAUCCUGUCUGGGAGGAGAAGUACCACUUUGAGUGCCACAACUCGUCAGACCGAAUCAAAGUGCGCGUGUGGGACGAGGAUGACGACAUCAAGUCCAGAGUGAAGCAGCGUCUCAAGAGGGAAUCUGAUGAUUUCCUCGGCCAGAGUAUUAUUGAAGUUCGAACGCUGAGCGGAGAAAUGGAUGUCUGGUACAACCUGGAGAAGAGGACGGACAAGUCGGCGGUGUCGGGAGCCAUUCGCCUGCAGAUCAACGUGGAGAUUAAGGGAGAGGAGAAAGUGGCUCCGUACCAUGUGCAGUACACCUGUUUGCAUGAGAACCUGUUCCACCAUUCAAAUGACAUGCUCGGCCAAGGGCAGGUGAAGAUCCCCGACCCUCGCGGAGACGAUUCCUGGAAGAUCUACUUUGACGACGUGGCUCAGGAGGUGGUGGACGAGUUCGCCAUGCGCUACGGGAUCGAGUCCAUCUACCAAGCCAUGACUCACUUUGCCUGUCUGUCAUCCAAGUACAUGUGUCCCGGGGUUCCUGCCGUGAUGAGCACCCUGCUGGCCAAUAUCAAUGCUUUCUACGCCCACACCACCGCCUCCACCAAUGUGUCCGCCUCCGACCGCUUCGCUGCCUCCAAUUUUGGGAAAGAACGCUUUGUCAAGCUCUUGGACCAGUUGCACAACUCACUGCGCAUUGACCUCUCGACCUACAGGAACCACUUCCCUGCCAGCAACAAGGAUCGCCUGCAGGACUUAAAAUCCACCGUGGAUCUUCUAACCAGCAUCACCUUCUUCAGGAUGAAGGUCCAGGAGCUGCAGUCUCCGCCCAGAGCCAGCCAGGUGGUGAGGGACUGUGUCAAGGCCUGUCUCAACUCCACGUUCGACUACAUCUUCAAUAACUGCCACGAGCUGUACAACAGACAGUAUCAACCUGCAGACACGAACAAGGAGGACGUCCCUCUGGAGGAGCAGGGUCCCAGUGUCAAGAACUUGGACUUCUGGCCCAAGCUCAUCAUGCUCAUCGUCUCCAUCAUAGAAGAGGACAGGAACUCCUACACUCCCGUGCUCAACCAGUUCCCUCAAGAGCUGAGUGUCGGGAAGGUAUCAGCAGAGGUCAUGUGGACGCUGUUUGCUCAGGACAUGAAGUAUGCAAUGGAAGAGCACGAGAAGCACCGGCUGUGUAAGAGCACCGACUACAUGAACCUGCACUUCAAGGUCAAGUGGCUCUACAACGAGUACGUCAAGGAGCUGCCGAGCGUCAAGGGCGUGGUCCCCGACUACCCGUCAUGGUUCGUGCAGUUUGUGCUGCAGUGGUUGGCUGAGAACGAGGACGUGUCUGUCGAGUUCAUGCACGGAGCCCUGGAGAGAGACAAGAAAGACGGAUUCCAGCAGACGUCUGAGCACGCUCUGUUCUCCUGCUCCGUCGUGGACAUCUUCACGCAGCUCAACCAGAGUUUUGAGAUCAUCAAGAAGCUGGAAUGUCCCGACCCGAGCGUCAUGGCUCAGUACAGCCGCCGCUUCUCCAAGACAAUUUCCAAAGUUCUCCUGCUGUACAGCGCCAUUCUGACCAAGAACUUCCCUUCUUACAUUGACAAGGAGAAGAUUCCGUGCGUCCUGCUGAAUAAUGUGCAGCAGUUGAGAAUCCAGCUGGAGAAGAUGUUUGAGUCGAUGGGAGCCAAACAGUUGGACCCUGAGGCCAGCGACCUCCUGAACGACCUGCAGGUGAAGCUGAACAACGUGCUGGACGAGCUCAGCAGCACAUUUGGGAACAGCUUCCAGAGCCGAAUCACCGAGUGCAUGCGACAGAUGGCGGCGCUGCUGUACCAGAUCAAGGGGCCGCUCAACGCCAGCACCAAGGUCCAGGUGGAGGGCGACUCUGACAACAUGCUGAGGCCACUCAUGGACUUCCUGGACGGGAGGCUGACCCUUUUCGCCACAGUUUGUGAGAAGACGGUCCUGAAGCGUGUGCUGAAGGAGCUCUGGAGGAUCGUGAUGAGCAGCCUGGAGAAGACGAUUGUCCUUCCUCAGGGCAGCGAUACCUUUGUGAGUCACAUGUUUGCAGCAUUGGUGGAAAUUGCAAAGUUAAAUGCAACAGAAAGUCGUUUCUCAGUUCCUUUGGUUCUCUUCUCUCAGGGAGCGCAGAUCCUCUCGGCGGCCAAAGAGCUCGGUCAGCUCUCCAAACUCAAGGAUCACAUGGCGGGCGAGGCUAAGAGCUUGUCCCCCAGGCAGUGUGCUGUCAUGGACGUGGCGCUGGACACGAUCAAGCAAUACUUCCACGCGGGCGGCAACGGGCUGAAGAAGGCGUUCCUGGAGAAGAGUCCCGAGCUGUCCUCGCUCCGCCACGCGCUGUCGCUCUACACACAGACGACAGACACACUCAUCAAGACCUUCGUCACCUCCCAGCACGCUCAAGGCUCCGGCGUGGACAAGCCCAUCGGCGAGGUGUGUGUCCAGAUCGAGUUGUACACUCAUCCCACCAACGGCGAGCGAAAGGUCACCGUCAAAGUCAUGGGGGCUGCCGAUUUAAAAUGGCAGACGUCCGGCAUGUUCCGGCCCUUCGUGGAGACCAGCCUGAUCGGGCCUCAGCUCAGCGACAAGAAACGCAAGUUCCAGACCAAGUCCAAGAACAACAGCUGGUCCCCGAAGUUCAACGAGACCUUCAACUUUGCUCUGGGUACCCAGGAGGGCUUCGAGUGCUACGAGCUGCAGGUCUGCGUCAAGGACUACUGCUUCGGCCGCGCCGACCGGGUGGUGGGCCUGGCCGUCCUGCAGCUGAGGGACAUCAUGGAGAAGGGCAACUGCGCCUGCUGGUGUCCGCUGGGCCAGCGCAUCCACAUGGACGACACCGGCCUCACCGCCAUGCGCAUCCUGUCGCAGCGCUCCAACGACGACGUGGCCAAGGAGUUCGUGAGGCUGAAGUCGGAAACGCGAUCGGCCGAGGAGGGCAGAUGAGAGGAGGAGGGCGAGAGAGGAAGGAAGGAAGGAGGGACUCACAAUUUCAGAAUAAGAGACCAGGGAGUCAUUUUUCUGUGGACUCUCUCUCACUCACGUGUCUGAGCUGCCGACGCCUAUCGGACAAACACACUUGAACAUUAGUGACGGAGCUCAACCACACGGACACGGGUUCGUUCAACCUUCACACUGACCAGCUGAUCCACCAGGAAGUGACCACUCACCCACCCCCUCCCUCCAACAGCCACAGCCACAAGGGAGCAGAGGACGCCGAACAAGUUCCCCCACCUUCCGAGUGUUGUUGUGCAAUAAUCCCCCCCCCCCC